AAGCAGUACUCAUACAACUACUCAAGUGUAGACACUGUCGUGUACGGGAAACAAAAUUGUAGUUUACGCAAAUAUAAAUUAUGUCCGAGAAAAAACGUGGAACGGCUCUUUGUAAACCGAAAUACAAGAUUCAGAAGGUAGCGCGCGUUACUAACAAUGGGUACCUCAACUUCCUGACCGAAUACAAGAAGCGAUUCUGGGGACUUUCACCGAAGGACAUGGUGCGUUUCGGAGCCAGGCAGUGGAAUCAGCUGACCGUCAAGGAAAAGAAAGCCUUUAAAAAUAUGGAGCCUGUCUCCGUGGUAAUAAGCGCACCUCAGGAGUUUGAGAGUCAGUCCCUUGGGCAAACCCCCGAUAAUUCAGAGCAGGAGAAACGAGGUCCUAUUCGCUCUCCUACUACCCGUGACAAGAAGUCCAAGAUCAAGAAGGAAAAGAAGCCAUCAAAGCCCAAGAAGGGCAGGCCCAAGAAGAAGCCCAGUCCUGUGCCAAAGAAUUGCGACCAAAGUCCUUUGGGCUCCGCGGUGGCCUUUAUUCACUACAUGCGCAUGUUCCAAAAGAAAAAUCCCAAUUUGUCGGGUCCUGAACUAUUAAACAAGGGAGCUCGUGUGUGGUGCAACCUGAGUGAGGGUCAGCGCAAACAAUUCGAGCUGAAUUUGAAGGUUUACAAAAGAAGCAAUGGCUACAAGUUGAUGAGGAUUGUGUGAACCGUGUUUCACUAAUGAAGUUGUGUAAAUAUAAAUAUCUGGGCUUUGUAAA